GCCUGACACUGGCGUCAAUCAGAAUGCUUAGCACACAUCAAUUGGGUGAUUGGGCCAGUGGGUGGAUUCGAACAACGGCGGUGUUUCAGAUAAGGGUUGUCUCGGCCGAUGCCCGAAUCCUGGGCCUUGGCAGGUGCGUCUUAGUCUUGUUGCGGUCAAGGAUCUGCGGCUUAGGACCGAGCAGGUAGCGUGAAUGAACUUUCGUUGUCUAGAUGUGGCUCCAGGGAGGCUGUCGGCUUUGACUUUGUCUCCCCAUAUCUGGACACUGUCCCGCCCGGCCCUGGAUUGAGUAUAAUGCCCGACCCGCGAGAGGAGUCCGACCCCAUGGUCAUGCUUCUUAACCAAAGCCAUGGCCAGGUUGCUUGCCUGAGAACUGGAUCCGCUCUUUCGCAGUCUGAUCGUGCGGAGUGAUAAGAUGAGAACCAGCGAGCCCUCCAGAGAUGCUGCACGUCCACAACCAUACCCUUGGUCCUGGGGCAGAGAUGCCAUCCGGGACCAAUUACGGCCCGGAACUGUUGAUCAGCGUGUGGACAAUGAUGGCCUUUUCAAUCCUCGUGGUCGCCUCCCGCACGGCCAGCAACUACAAGUUCGGGAACCUGCAGCUUAGCGAUGUGAUCAUAUUGUUGGCUCUGACUUUGCUGUUGAUUGCAGCCGUGCUGUUCAACGUCGCGGUCAACCACGGGUACGGCAACACCAGCACGGCCCCCAGCCACCGCAGUGUGACCGCAAGCUUCCGGUACUCGACCAUCGGCUACGCGAUUGUCAUCCUCGCCGCCACGGCCGGUCGUCUCGCGAUGAUUAUGUACAUGAUGGCGUUGCUGGCGGCGCGGACGUGGGAUCGCAUGGUCCUGUGGACUCUCGUACCCCUGCAGGUGAUCGUCAAUGUGGUCAGUGUGGUUUUGCUGUUCGCACAAUGCUCGCGUGUCCAGGACAUAUUCCAGCCAGGCGCUCAGGAACAAUGUAUGUCGCUGGAUGUUCAGAUCGAUUAUGGAUAUUUCCAGGGUGCAUUCAACUCCGCCAGCGACCUCUUCCUCGCCGUCUUCCCCAUCUACAUCUUUUGGCGGUUCAACUGGACGCUCCGGGUCAAACUGGUGCUCAUCUCCCUGCUUAGCCUGGGGGUCGUAGCAAUGGCUGCCUCCCUCGUCAAAACCCUGGAGUAUCCCACGAUCCUCAAAUCGACCAACCCGCGCAUCAACCGCGUCCCCCUCCUCCGGUGGAUGUUCAUCGAGGCCGGUAUUGUCCUUAUAACCGCCUCAGUUCCGUGUAUCCGGCCCCUGGUCAUCCACUGGGUUCGAAAGUAUAUCCGAAAGAAACAGACGCAGCACCACCAGAUGGAUGGGGAGCCUGUUGCCAAUCAGUCAACCGAGAAUUUCGCAGCAGACUGGAAGAUGAGCUGGAUCAUGCCGUACGUGAGGCAGCGGGGACAGGGACAGGCGUCGUGCUCCUCGGAAGAGCACGAGCGGCAGAUUCUGGCGAAUAUCACGACGCAGAUCUUCGCGGGGGAUCGGGAGUUUCUGGAUCGGCAUGUGGGGGGGAUUGUGAGGAAGGUUGAGGUGGUGGUGGUUGCGGAUGAGAUUCCAUUAACGACCAGGAGAGAUAGCGGAAUAUAA